AUGCGUGGUCAACCAUUGGUACGCCCCACGGAUGUGGUGUUUGAUUUAAAAAAUGACUAUGGAUUGGACAUUAGUUACCGGGUAGCAUGGUUGGGUGUCGAGAAAGUGAGGGGUGAAGUUUAUGGGGAUCAUGCCAUGUCGUUCGACCAACUAAGGUGGUACAGUGAAGCCGUUAUGGAAAAAAAUCCCAAUAGUUACAUUUGUCUUGAAUUUGAUCAAAAAAGUGAGAGGUUCGUUCGGUAUUUCAUAUUGUUUCGUGCUUGUAUAGAUGGCUUUAAUCAUUGUCGGCCUUUUCUCUUCCUAGACGGAACAUUCCUCAAAGGCAGGUUCAAGGGUAAUUUACUUGCUGUUACAGCUAAGGACGACAAUCAAGGAUUGUUUCCUGUGGCGUUCGCUAUUGUUGAUUCUGAGAAUUCAUCCAAUUGGGAAUGGUUUCUUCAGAAUUUGAAAGAUGUUGUUGGCGGUGGUAGGACGUUGACUUUCAUAUCUGACCGCCACGUUGGGCUACUGGGCCAACACGAUGGUGAGAUAUGCUCUAACGCUGCUGAGUCUUUCAACAACUGGGUAAGCAAUUCUCGUCAUCUUCCUAUUACUAGACUGGUUGACAUGUUGUGCUAUGACAAACAUUAUGCCCAACUGCACAUCAUUUUCGUUCACAUUGUGGACGAUGAAAAAUAA